GCUCGCGAUAUCGAAUUUCUCGUGUAUCGCCAGUUGAUGGUAUCACACGAGCAGAGGAUCCUGCAGAAUGGACGAACAGAGCAAGGGUAAUAGGACGUCGUCGCUGCAAUGGCCGGAUUAUCUUGUCAUCGGAGUAAUGCUGUCGAUCUCAGCAGGCAUUGGGAUCUACUACCGAUUCACCGGCGGCAGACAACGCACGGCCGAGGAAUACUUCUCAGCGAACCGAUCUAUGGGCGUCUUCCCCCUAGCGGUCGCCCUCGCGGUGUCUUUCAUGUCGGCGAUCACGUUGCUAGGAAUGAGCGCGGAAAAUUACGUCCACGGUACGCAUAUCAUGCUGCUAUUCCUCAGCGGUGUCUUUGGCACACCGAUUGUCCUGCAUUUCUACCUUCCUGUCUUCACCAAGCUGAACACCAUGAGCGUGUACGAGUACUUAGAAAAACGGUUCGGUGUGAGGGCUCGUCUGGUAGCCAGCACGGCGAACUUCGUGCAACUGUUACUGUACACCGGAGUGGUGUUGUUCGCACCUUCGUUAGCCCUCGAAGCGACGACCGGUCUGUCAGGGAACACGAGCGUCCUGGUGAUCGGGCUGAUUUGUACCUUCUACUCGACCGUAGGUGGCAUCAAGGCUGUCCUGAUCACCGAUCUCUUUCAGGGACUGCUGAUGUUCGUCGCGAUCACCUGUGUUCUCGGCGUGGCAGCCGCUGACCUCGAAGGCGGCUUGUCGAACGUGUGGAGCACCGCUCAGAAGGGUGGUCGUAUAGACUUCUUCAACUUCAGCUUGGAUCCGACUGCAAGGCACACCUGGUGGAACCUAAUAAUAGGAGGCACGGCCACUUUUCUUUCUUUGUACGGGGUGAACCAGGUUCAAGUUCAACGUCUUCUCACUGCCAAAAACUACAAAACAUCUCAACACGCGUUGCUGCUCAGCGGCCCAAUGACCAUGUUGCUCGGGAUCCUCACGUGCUUCGCUGGUCUAGUCCUCUACACAGUCUACAGCGACUGCGAUCCAGUGGCGUCCGGGAGAAUCUCCAGCUUCGACAAGAUAAUGCCAUAUUUCGUUGCAGAAAGGAUGUCGCGAGCACCAGGUGUCACCGGCCUCUUCAUAUCCGGCGUAUUCAGCGCCAGUCUGAGCACAAUCUCUGCCAUGUUGAAUUCUCUGGCUGCGGUGGCACUCGAGGACUACGUGAAGCCGUUGUGUCGUAAAAUUGGAGUGGAAUUUCCUACGGAAAAGGCUACUCUGAUUGGAAAAGUACUCGCUAUCGUCAACGGUUUCAAUUGUUUGGCCGUUGCUUUCAUGGCUAAGUCAAUGGGAUCGUUGGUACAAGUUGCCUUCUCUAUUUCCGGAGCGAUCGGAGGACCUAUUCUAGGUAUCUUCACCUUAGGAAUGUUCGUAGAGAAGGCGAACGAGACAGGAGCUGUCGUUGGAACCAUUUCCGCGCUGAUCACCUGCGUCUGGGCAGCGUUUGGCAAUCUGAAGGUAGAGAUACCGCCGCUUCCUGUGUCUGUUGCAGGCUGCGACAAUUCUACCACGUUCCUGGAUUAUCGAAACGCCAGCAAAUUCGACAACAACGUGAACGACUCCCCCCUGUUCUACCUGUACCGUAUAUCAUACAUGUGGUACACUCCUAUGGGACUGACGAUCACACUGGUGGUGGGAUUCCUGACGAGCUUGGCAGCGAGCAGGCUAAUUCACAAGGACGCUCGUGAACCGGAUCCCGACUUGUUCGUACCUUCCCUGGCUGCGCGGAUUAGGCAACGAAGACAGGACGCCGCGAAAACUACCAACAGCCAGGUGUUCGUGUUGGAGAACAGGAAAUGA